UUGGCAGUAUGGAACGCACGGUGAUAAAAGUAGUUCAACGAAAAUAAGUGCGGUUGUAAUUGGGCUGGUUUUGUCAUGUUACAUUAAACUUUAAAAUAUUCUCUCACCCAACCGAUAAGUAAUCUGUUGACAGUGUGUCAUAUUUGUUCGUGAUUGUAAGGUGAUAAUGGAGCCAGUUUCUAAUUUCGUCAAGGAAUCCGUACCGACUUAUUUAUCUAAUUUGCCAAUUCCCAAAACGUUUGAGGGCUGGUCCAAAUUGGAAGUUCGCGAUUGGACAACUCUCAUCCCUCUUGGUGCGUCGAUAGCAGCAGUAACGUUCCUAACCUACAAGGCUUUCGGGCCAGGCUCGAAGAAGACAAAUAUGAUCAAUCCUGAUAUAAGGAAAGAUCUGGCCAAAGUAGCAGAUGUUUUCGAUAUCGAAGAUAUUGGUGACAAAGUGAGCUUUUGUCGUUGUUGGCGAAGCAAAAAGUGGCCAUACUGUGAUGGAGUGCACAAGUACUACAACAGAGCAACAGGAGACAACGUGGGACCUUUAGUCAUCAAGCGCAAAGUAUGAAUUACCGGUACCGGUUCAUUGGUGUAGGAUACAAAUGGAUUAGGCUGCAGGGAUUCUUAUUAUUAGUUUUCUUUAUAUUUUUUUUUGGACAAACUAGAAUGUCUUGCAGAAAUAGUUCUACAAUAUAGACACAAUUAAGAACACUUUUGUACCUCAUAACUAUGUUUAUGCUGUGAAACCAGAAUUUAUGUCAUCAUCUAUUAUGAACAAUUUCAAGUUCCCCUCUAUAUUGUUAAUUUGUUUUCAAUAACUAUAUAUUGCAUGCUUCAGUAGAUUAAGAAACAUGCAUCAUAGUGCUGCAUACACAGUGGUAUUGUUGUAAAAAGUGGCCAAUUUCAGUUAUGGAACACAGACAGUGCAAUAUACUUCUGUUAUUAACACAUUUAUAUGCUUGCAUGGAUCAUACUAUAAAACAAAGCAGUUCUCAGUUUGGAGGCUAGUUUUAAUGCAUCCUUGCUUUAUUAUGCUUUGUCCUAUGGAGUUAAUAUACCGUUGGAUUCCUCUGACAUGAGAGCUGGUUGAACAAUUCAGUUAGGUUGGGAGGUAGUGUGGAGAGAACUUCAGUUUGACUUGUAAUUUGUCAUGUGAGAGAAGUUGAUGAGUAGGCACAAAAAGUGUUGGAGGUGAACUUCAUGUAGGUAGCUACUUUCUUAUAUGUUGAUAAUUUUAUUGUCUCUUAUUUUUAAUACUGGUGAAUGGUGAUCUGUGGGCUUCCAGUUUUGCAGUUGGAUGAGUCUUGAGAUUUGAAAACAUCCAUAUCAAUAAGUCUGGAUGAAACACAUUAGUAAAUACAGGUAAAAAGUUACACAUUUAGAGUUAUUGAGAGCUGCAACAGCAGAAAAGUAUAACCAGAAAUUGAGACUUCCAAGUAUUUGUUCACAGGGAGAUAUGAUAAGGGGAGCACAAAGCUACAAGAGA